AUGGUCUGCAUGUGGCCUGUCAAUGGGUCGGGCAGCCCUGAGCAACAGGCAGGGGAUGUUGCAGAUGACUAUAUUCAUACUUCAGCCUCCCUACAUAGCCUGGCUUUAGAAGAGCCCACAGUCAUCAAAAAGUACCUUUUGAAGGUUGCUGAGCUGUUUGAGAAACUUAGAAAAAUAGAAAACCGAGUCUCAUCAGAUGAAGAUUUAAAGCUGACUGAACUUCUCCGAUACUACAUGCUCAACAUAGAGGCUGCAAAGGAUCUCUUAUAUAGACGUGCCAAAGCCCUCAUAGACUAUGAGAACUCAAGCAAAGCUUUGGAUAAGGCCCGGUUAAAAAGCAAAGAUGUCAGGUUGGCAGAGGCACACCAGCAGGAAUGCGGCCAGAAAUUUGAACAGCUUUCUGAAUCUGCAAAAGAAGAAUUGAUCAGUCUCAAACGGAAACGAGUGGCUGCAUUUCGGAAGAAUCUAAUAGAAAUGUCUGAACUAGAAAUAAAGCAUGCCAAGAACAAUGUUUCUCUCUUACAAAGCUGUAUUGACCUGUUCAAGAACAACUGA